UCGCACGCAGCGGUUCUCGCCCUGGUUCAUUCUCUGGAGUGUUGCUAGCGUGACUACCAGUGUAGAGCCGUUCUUCAGUAGUGCUCAGUCCCCCGUAACGUUCACAUCUCCUCACACCGCCCACGCCCUUGUAAAGAACCCCCACGCUAUCCGCUACUGGCAAGCACAUGAGAAAUUAUUUACACUUAACAAAAGACUAGAUCGGUGUGUGUGCUUUCCAACAGGAAUAAAAGGCUCAUGUGAAGUGGUGGAAAUUUUGUGUUAAUGAAUUAGAAACACACAUACUUGGAUAAACUUAGAAAAAUAUAUAAGCUAAUCCUGGCGUUGGUUACUGUUAGAAAUACAGGAGUGUUGUGCACGGCAAGACAAUGUGUCGGUGUUUGAUAAUGGCGGUGGUGGCAGCGGCAGCAGCGGCGGCGUCGUCAGUCGCGGCACAAGACUACCAGGAGACGCCAGACUACCCGGACGGCUACUACGCCUUCGACGAGGCUCCCGCCAAGAUCCCACCCAAGGUCCGGAAGCCUCCUUACUUCCAGUCUAAGGUGCCCUGUCCAGGCACUCUGGAAACCAAGGAGCAGAUGCAGCAGUCUCUGGACAAUUUGUGUGGUGACCUCAAUGACGGCCUCCUGCCCAUCAACCCCAUGGGUCAAGCUGUACUAGGUCACUCCUAUCCCUUUGACCUCAUCAAGAACAAGACCCUCGACUUCUUCAGCAAGACGCUACCCAUCCUGAAGGAGGACAAGACGCUGCCCAAGGUCGCCAAGCUCAGGAGCAGGAACGUUCCACUGAGGGACCAGUUUCGUGUUAUCCGGCGGCCCAUUCGAUCCGUGAACGACGACGCGCUCUUCCCCAAAGGCGCCGCCAUCCAGACGGAGGUGAGGCAGACGUUGGAGAGCCUGGAGGAGGGCAAGGUUGAAGGACGGUCGCUGGCCGCUGACGAGGGCGUCCAAGGCAGGAGCGCCAGGGCCUUCUGCGACGACAACUGGGGACUGUUCUGUAUGCUGUACAACGCCAUGGCCGGCAAGAGUUCGAGCGGGAACGCGGCCCAGGACCGCAACGACGACGGCGGCUUCCAGGGCUCCCUCAACAGCCUGACGGGGGGCAUGCAGCCCCUCACGCCCUGCCCGUCAGCCGUCGAGUACAUCACGCCCGUGUUCGCCAGGAACUACCAGGGCGUGUGGCGCUACGUCGUCCAGAUCCCCUACGAGGGCUACUUUACACAGACCGUCGAAGUCACCCAGUGUUUGUCGAGCAAGUGUCACUAUCUGUCGGGGGCUUGUCUGGCGUCGCCCCGCUGGGUGUCUCUCCUGGUGGCCGAGCUUUACUACCCUGAUGCCUUGUUCCCGGUCACGCCCUCGCGUCCUGACCUCAGCCGCGCGGCGGUAGCCUCAGCCGCCCCGCCGUCGUCGCCGGCCGCCACCUCCCGCUACCAGCAGGGUCUCCAGCAGCGUCAUGGCGGCGCCUCCGCCACCCCCGCCCCUCACUAUUGUGACGGCCAGGACGAGAUUGGCUGCUUCCAGGUGCGGCUCUACUACGACUGGUUCCUUAUACCCGGCUCCUGCAAGUGUUGGAAGCAAGACCACUUCGCUCAGUUCGCCUACAGGAAAUAAGAUACGAUAAAGGAUCCGACCUCAGAAAAUUUGUAAACACGAUAUACCUAUUGGCAAGUGUUGGACACAGGGGGACCCAAACACUGGCAAGUGUUGGACACAGGGGGACCCAAACACUGGCAAGUGUUGGACACAGGGGGACCCAAACACUGGCAAGUGUUGGACACAGGGGGACCCAAACACUGGCAAGUG